ACUUUGAGUACCAGGAAGUGUGUUCAACAUGUAGCUCCGGGAUCAGUCCGGGCUUUCCGCCUCUUCUUUGGUGAAUCACAAGAGCAGAUUCCACCAUGGAGGGAACUUCCCAAAGCGAUGCUGCAGGUCAGCCCUCUGUGGCUGCUCAGGUUCCUUUCCUUCAUCUUUGCACCACGUUAGAGAAAAUCCAGAAGUCUAAACUCCGUCCAGAUAAAUCCAAAAUCCUUAAGGAUUUCAUUGAGUCGUGGAGGAAGUUCCAUUCUGCCCUCCACAAAGACAACCCUAAAACAACAGACUCUUUCUACCCAUCUAUGCGCCUCUUAGUCCCUUCCUUCGAACGAGAGCGUAUGGCGUAUGGCAUCAAAGAAAGCAUGUUAGCUAAACUGUACAUUGACGUAUUAGGCCUCCCAAAGAAUGGCCCUGAGGCCAAUAAACUGUUGAACUACCGUGCUCCCACUGCAUCCCAGGGAGAAGCUGGAGACUUUGCCGGCAUGGCGUACUUUGUCCUGAAGAAACGGUGCACCGGCGAAGGAAACCUCAGCAUCAAAGAAGUCAAUGACUUUCUGGACUCGGUGGCUAUCAACAAUGCUAGCAAGCAGAAGGAUCUUGUGAAAAAGAGUCUGCUGCACCUCAUCACCCAGAGCUCGGCUCUUGAGCAAAAGUGGCUCAUCAGAAUGAUUCUGAAGGACAUGAAGCUUGGGAUCAGCAAAGAAACUGUUCUCCAAGUCUUCCACCCAGACGCGCCUGAGCUCUAUAACGUCAACACAGACUUAAACAAGGUGUGCCAGCAGCUCCACAACCCCUCUGUGUCUUUGAGCGAUGUUUCAAUCGGACUCUUCUCUGCUUUUAAGCCUAUGUUGGCGGCAAUGGCGAACAUCCGCAGUGUGGAGAAACAGAUGGGAAGCAGCCCUUUUUACAUUCAGACCAAGCUGGAUGGAGAGCGUAUUCAACUGCACAAAGACGGGGAUGUGUACAAGUACUUCACCCGAAAUGCUUUUGAAUACACCCAGCAGUUUGGAGGAUCCCCACUGGAGGGCUCACUGACACCUUACAUCCACAACAAUUUUAAAAGCCACAUUGUGAACUGUAUCCUCGAUGGCGAGAUGAUGGCGUACAACCCGACCACAGACACCUUCAUGCAGAAAGGGAGCAAAUUUGACAUCAAGAGACUCAUGGACGACUCUGAGUUACAGACGUGCUUCUGCGUGUUUGACGUGUUGUUAGUCAAUGACCAGAAGCUUGGCAAGGAAACGCUGAAGAAGCGCUACGAGACCCUUCAGACAGUUUUCAAUCCAGUCAAGGGAAGGCUACACCUGGUGUCAAAGACGGAUGCCAGAACCAUGCAGGAGGUGGUGAAUGCCCUGAAUGACGCCAUUGACAGCAGGGAAGAGGGAAUCAUGGUGAAGGAUCCUCUGUCCAUCUACAAACCCGACAAGCGGGGGGAGGGAUGGCUGAAAAUAAAGCCAGAAUAUGUGGAUGGAUUAAUGGAUGAGCUGGACCUGCUGAUUGUUGGCGGCUACUGGGGUAAAGGGAGGCGGGGUGGUAUGAUGUCCCACUUUUUAUGCGCCGUUGCCGAAGCUCCAAAGCCUGGAGAGAAACCUUCGGUUUUCCACACACUAUGCCGCAUCGGCUCUGGCUACACCAUGAAGGAGUUGUAUGACCUCGGGUUAAAGCUUGCCAAGCACUGGAAAGUCUUCCGGAGAAAUGACCCACCAGCAUCCAUCUUGUGUGGAACAGAGAAACCAGAAGUUUACAUCGAACCCUGCAACUCGGUCAUCCUCCAGGUCAGGGCGGCUGAAAUAGUCGGAAGCGACAUGUAUAAAACCAACUGCACCCUGCGCUUCCCUAGGAUCGAGAAGAUCCGCGAGGACAAGGAGUGGCACCAGUGCAUGACCCUGGCAGAGCUGGAUCAGUUCCGCGGUAAGGCGUCCGGGAAACUCGCCUCGCGGCACCUUCGCAUCGAUGGUGACGAACCGGAAAAAAAGAAGAAGCGCACUCAGCUGGCCAAACCCAAGAAGAUGAUCGGGAUCAUCGAUCACUUUAAGUCCCAAGACCUAACCGGGGUUACCAAGGAGACGGAUAUGUUCGAGGAUGUGGAGUUUUGUAUCCUGAACGGCACAGAGGAUCACCCCAAGGCUGAGCUGGAAAAGGGCGUGGCCAGUUGUGGAGGUGUCGUGGUUCAAAACGCAGGACGGGACACCUACUGCGUGAUUGCCGGCGUGGAGAACAUGCGCGUGAAGAACUUGAUUUUGUCCGACCAACAUGACGUGGUGUGGGCCACAUGGCUGCUCGAGUGCCUUAGCCAGAAGGAAGUGGUCCCAUGGCAACCACGCCACAUGAUCCACAUGUCGCCCUCGACCAGGGAGCACUUUGCCAAGGAGUACGACAGCUACGGGGACAGCUACUUUGUGGACACAGACGGGCAGCAGCUGCGGGAGGUGUUUGGCCGGAUCAGCGACGCGCAGGCGUCUGCAGCGGUGAACAUCAGCCAGGUGGAGCAGCGCUGUGGCUGGGGGGAUCUUCCCACCAGCAUGUUCAGACCCUUCCAGGUUUACAUGGACCGCUACGCCGACAUAGGAGACCCUAAAACCGCCAUCCCUGCCACCUGCUUGGACAUCAGGGCGCUGGAGUUUCGCUACCAUGGCGGGAGUGUGGUGCAGAAGUUAGAGGAAGGAGUCACUCAUGUCAUUAUCACAGAGGAAACAAGACUUCUGGAUUUAAGGACUCUGAGGCGCUGCUUUAGGAGGAAGUUUAAGAUCGUAAGAGACUCCUGGGUGACCGAUUCAGUCUCAGCAGGGUAUCUGAUGAAUGACACUGACUACUUAGUUUAAAGACUCUUCUGGUGACAUAGAGAAGUCCUUGUAUAGUUGAAGGGCUGCAGAAUAUGAGGAAAAUAUGUGAUAUCCAUAUUACUAACGAUAAAUAACAGCUAUUAAAACGUGCUCAUGCUUUUAGCAUUUAGCUAAAAUACAACAAAUGUGCUUGUUGAUUUAAAAAAAGUUGAAAGAAAUUAGUUCUUUCAUUUGAACAAAUUUAACUGAACACAAAAGGCACCAU